AAAAUGUUCAAUCAAUAUCUUGUACAUGGAAUAUUUUUCUAUAAUGAUAACAUUUUUGAAGAAUAGUCAAGUUGACAGUUUGAUAUUGCAUGGACCUCGAUUGUUUUUAGGACUUAUUUCCGUACUAUAGUUUUUACAAUUAGAAUUAUUUCCUAAUGCUCUGACAACUGCUGAGGCUCUAAGCCUCUAUCAAAAUGGUACUGAAUGCCGCUGUGCAGAUGUUGAGGGAGGCGGAUGAGCUGAAAAUUAAUAUUUCAAAAUUCAAGAGUGGCACGUCAAUGCUACAGGAACGCAAUUUGUGGGUCACACAACAACAGUUACAAAAGGUUUACCAAAAAGUGUUAGUACUAGAUCUCGAUUAUGCUUUGGACAAGAAAGUGGAGCAGGACUUGUGGAACAUUGGGUUCAAGCAACAAAUUGAAGCUUUGCAAGCUAUAUCCAAAGACAGGAAGAAUCCCCUCAGGAGUGAGGGGCAGGCUAUGCUGUCGUGGGUGCUGCAAGCGGCUGCCGGUUUUUACCUGUGUCUGUUGCACCAGAUCUGCACUACUUUCAAAUUAGAUUUACCAUUUAGACGUCGCGCUUCCCUCCUUGGUUGGGUGGAGGGGUGGGGCGCGGGCGAGGCGGCGGCGGGGGCGCGGCUGCCGGCCGCGGGCGCUGCGCGAUACAUCUGUCAACACUGCCUUGUGCACCUCGGCGACUUGGCACGUUACCGGCAUCAGCUGCGCGUCGCCAAUACAUUCUACAGACAGGCGGUGUCGGUGUGGGCGCACUCGGGGCAGCCGUACAACCAGCUGGCGCUGGUGGCGCGCGUGCGUGCGCGGCGCGUGUCGGCGCUGUACUGGCACGUGCGCGCGUUGCUCGUGCGCGCGCCCUUCCCGCCCGCCGCCGACAACCUGCGCCGCGCCCUUCGCAGCGCCGCGCUCAGUCCGGGCACUAGGGAGGUGCCGGUGCUGGGCUCCGCGCCGGUGGCCCCGGCGGCCGCGCCGAGUCCCGCGCCAGAGCCGGGCCGGCUCGACGCGCACUCGUACGUCACGGACCUCAUCCGCGCUAUGCACCUCAUUCACUCACUAGAUGAUCUAGACACGGCGGCGACGCUGGUGAAGUCUCUGAACUCGUCGCUGUCCGGGCUCGUCGUCACCGACAGCUUCGAGUCCAUGACGAUCAUUAAGAUGGCGUGCAUGGUGAUCUGGUUGGUGCACUCCGCCACGGAGGACCUGACGGUGGACAGCUCGGCGCUGACCGAGAGCGAGCGUGUCGCUGUGGAGCUGAGCGGUGAGCUGGCGGGUGGCACGCUGCUGGCGCUGCUGCUGCCUGCCUACACUGUCGGUGCGCCGCCCAAGAAGGUGCUGCCUGCCUUGAAGGUGUGGGUGCAGUGGUGGGUGGCGCACCCGCAGGCGAGCGCGUGCGGCGGGCGCGGCGCGUGGGGCGCGGUGUGGGGCGCGCUCUCGCACGCACUCAACGCGCUCGCGCACGACGCCGCGCACGCGCGCGCCCACGCCUACGAGACGGUACCUCUACCUGAGGACGAGGAGCUGCACGGGUUCGUCCCGCUGGAGUCGGCGUUGCGGGGGCUGCGCUUCCACAAGCACGCCGCCUGGGACACGUACGGCGCCCGUCUGCCAGACGUCGACAGCCUCGGUGAUAAACAAUGUCCAUCAGACGUGGUGACGAGCCUGAGCGCGGAGCCGGAGCUGGAGCAGCGCGUGCGCGCACACCGCCUCGUGCAGCUCGGCAAGCGGCUCGCCGAACAGCGCCCGCAACACUUCACUUACACUUGCGAGGAGGGCGUGGCGAGUUUCUCGUCGCCACAGGGCGGCGGCGCGCAGCUGGCGGCCAUGCUGGCGGCGCUGCGCCUGUCGCCGCCGCCCGCCGCCGCCGCCUCCGACGACACCGACUCCGACGACGAGCCCGCGCCGCCGCCGCCGCCCGUCGUCAUCUCCGAGGCUGACUUCAGGGAGAAAGUUCGCGAGAAACGCGUUGGCAUCUUGAAACCGCAAGGGUCUCUGGAGAGGGCUCGUGAGGAGCGCGCGUUGGCUACCACACAAGAAGAACAGCAGGAAGUGGAGAGUCCAGACGAAAAUAGCAAAAGCGAAGACAAAAAAGAAUCGAAAAAGCCGCGCGUCAACAUCGCAAUGGCGGCCAUCAUGAGGAAACAGGAAGAGACCAACAAACAGGUAUUGCACGUGAAAUUCGUAACGCCGCCGCCAACGCCCGACUCUACAUCGGACGCGACAGAACAGAAAGAUGCAGAAAAACCCAAGAUCAUACAGCCCAAAGCGAUCAAAUCUCUCGCUAACUUACCCCUCGGUAGGAAAACUGGUGGCAUUCUAUCGCUGAAGGAUAAAUCAGCUGGGUACCCUCACCUCGUCAAUGCUGAACCCGAACCGGCCAAGAAACCAGAAAAAGAAGAGAAGAAAGAUUCGAAACCGAGCCAAGGUUCCAGCCAAAACUCCCAGAGCUUCCAGGCCAAGCGGCAGGAGCAGCCGGUCUCCCCCAGUUGGGCUCCUAACAUUCCACAAAAUUAUGACGCGCCCCGAAUGGGAUUGCAGAAGAAUUAUGGUAUACAGAAUUCCGGCAUAGUGUACAAUCCCAACUACCAAGCUAGCCCUAACAGCCAAGGCAUCAGACUCCCUGUAGUCAAUCCCAAGGAAAUAGACGUGAGAACUGCCGCGUUGCAGAAACAGAACUCGCGGCAGGAGCUGUUCCAAGACGUAUCCAAGUUCGGCAAUCACGGGUAUCAAAUAUCUGGUGACAAGAAGAACUUCCUGAACGACCUGCCGCCGCGGUUCGCGAACCAGUACCGUCACUGGCAGAACGCGCAGGAGAAUCAGUUCAACGACAAUCAGUACAGGGACGAUAGCUUCAAACCAAACGACAGUACGUUUAAUUCGCAACCGGCGCGAGUAAACUGGAUGGCACCGCAGCCGCCCGACAGCUUCCAGCAGCCGUCGCAGUGGUGGAAGACCGACAACCAGCCCAACUACAGCACCAACUACAUGAACAUGCAGCCCAACUACUUCGCGCCGCGCAUGAACACAGCGCUGACGACGCCCUAUCGUAACGCACCGACGUUUAGCCCGGCACAGAACAACAUACCGCAGCAAAGCAAGCAGGAGAGCGUGCUGGGUCAGACCAACUACCUGCAGCCAGCGAUAGGGCAACCGCAGAUCCCAACCCUACAGAAUUUGGUCGCGUCACCCAAUUUUAAUUCGUCGAUGAACAGCUUUGGUUCGUAUGCGCCGACGGUGGGCUACGACUCUUCCAUGUACCCCCAAUUUGGCAGCAACAAACUUGGCUAUCAUCCGAUGCAGAUGAAGAUGAUGGACAAGCCGCUCAACUACCAGGGUAACAGUGACAUGAUGGACCUCGGCGUGGGUUUCGGGACGAACGGUAUGGACCCGCAGCAGAGGAAUUUGGGGAUGAGUUUUAAUGAGCCACUGAACGAUGUAGGGGGUAUGAAGAAUAUGGAUCAGAUGUCGGUCGGUGAGAGUGUGGUGACGGACCCGACGGGUAACACGUACUCGUUGUUCAGCGCCGAAGCACCGUGGGCGCCUGCGCAACGACACCCGCAACAGUCCCUGUGGUCCGGGCCAGGCCCGUCGCCGCUCGAGCGCCUCCUGGAGCAACAGAAACAGAUGAACCAGCCGCCCGCGCCUCAAUGACAAAUGUACACCAUGCGUACAUACUAUGUGCUGCCAUAGACUUAUAAUGCAACAUGCUCAUCGUUAAAUUAUUAAAGCUUUAAAGUUAUGUUGUACUUAGGUUUCGGGUCCAUUUUGGUGUUUGAAAAUAACCGGUAAAUCAUGUUUGAAUUGAAAUCAGCUGAUGUUAUGUCUGAAGUUAGUCGCAUGCCUUUACAGACUUGAUUGGAUGAAUGCGUGUGAAGUAACUUCAGACCGGUUGUAAAGUUACGUCCGUUGUGACAAAAAUCUGUAUACAUAUUGACUUGUUAUCCGCGCGGCUUGUGCAAAGUUAUGGGAUUGAAAUAGUUUAAUAUACUUGUAUUGGAUACAAUACAAUACAAUAAUAUGCAUCUCCAUUGUAUGAAACUCCGAAUAGUGAAUUGUAAGUUGCCCGAAAUCAAAGAAUUUGGGCAGAACAAAAGACAUAUAUACAAUAUAGCAACCAUGCGGUAUGGCGCAAUAAAUCCUAUUGAGGAAAUAAAUACUUAUUACACGUGCAUGAUCUAGGACAAGGCAUCAUUCAUUCAUACGGAACAUUGACUAUAUAGAUAAUACAUUACAUCAUUCAUUUAGGCAUGCCAAUAUUAAAAUAAGUAAAACUUUGUUACGGGAUAAUUAAAUGUUUCUAUUGUGAAGUUCUAUUUUAUCCGUUACACUGCCUUCUGUGUAUACAACAGAUCUCCAAGCUCGUGAUUAUCUUUCAUAACUGGUUGUUGUGUGGACUUAGUUGUAAUUAUCGUUUUGCCAAAUUGACAAAAUGCUUAAAUACCGUGCAUAAUUCACUAUAAAAAGCUACGUUCCAGUUGACGAUAAACAAUUGAAAGAGACCUAAAAGGUGGUGUGUAGUUAUACUAAUAUCUGCUGUAUUGAAGAGAAUGUAAAGAUUACUUUCGAUUGAACUUCAUUGGAACUUGGCUUUUAAUAUGUCCUGCAGACAUUACUGUAAAAUGCUUUUUAUAUAAAGUUUUAUACUGACUAGUUGAUCUUCCAAAGUAGUGAUGUUUCGGACGGAGUUUUCUUUGUGAGAUAUCUGCACGAUAAUAUUUUUGCGUAUCGUCAAUUCGGUAAGUUAAUGUUGUACCAGUAACUAGUCUGAACGCACUGUUCGUUGUUUUUCUACAGUCCGAUUGUAAAAAUUGUAAUCUGUGCAUAUUUGUAUUUAUGGAAAUAUAUAUUUUGUAAAUAUUU